UAGAUCAACGGCCAGAAAAGCAAGACGACAGCAAGUCGACCACUGUUGGCAUAUUUUUGUUUUUUGCAAAGCAUUUUGGGAGCAUCUACCCAGCUGUGGCUUUGCCAAAUCCACUGACAGACAAAACCUCUUUGAUGUUGACUUGAUUCAGCUGACAGCCAACCCACCCAGCCAUCCUGCUACCACAAGCAGAGCGAAUGAUGCACAAAAUAACUCUGCUCAUCACGGCAACCGUGUUGCCAUGGUGACACAACGAGGUUCGACAUUCCAGCGGGGAUUUGGAUGAAAGCGCUGCAGGAUUGGGUGAGAAAAGUCAGCCUGAAGGAAGAAAGUGUGUGUGCAUGGGAAACAAAACCUGUAUGAAGUUUGUUUUCCACCAGCAGUCAGACAGUUUUGGGGAAACAGCCAUGUUAAGCCGCAAUUUCAAGAACGUGUUGGUGGUGUCUCUCGGCUUCCUGUCGCUCUUCACUGCCUAUGGAGGACUACAGAGCCUGCAGAGCAGCCUGAAUGCGGAGGAGGGGAUGGGCGUGACCUCACUGAGCGUCAUUUACGCCUCCAUCAUCAUCUCCUCCAUGUUUCUGCCGCCCAUCAUGAUCAAGAACCUGGGCUGUAAGUGGACCAUCGUGGCCGGCAUGGCGUGCUACGUCUCCUACUCCUUCGGGAACCUUUACCCGGGCUGGUACACCCUUAUCCCCACCUCGGUCAUCCUGGGUUUGGGGGGUUCUCCUCUGUGGUCGGCUAAGUGCACAUACCUGACCAUCUCUGGCAACGUGCAGGCGGCCAAAGAGGGCAAGAAGGGCUCAGACGUCAUCAACCAGUACUUUGGCAUCUUCUUCUUCAUUUUUCAGUCUUCGGCCGUGUGGGGGAACCUCAUGUCCUCGCUCAUCUUUGGACAGGACACCAACAUAGCUCACAUCUCAGAGGAGAAGCUGCAGUUCUGCGGGGCGGCUGACUGCGGGCUCAACAUCACGUCCAACAGCACCACUACCAGGCCUGCGCAGGAGCUGGUGUUUACCCUCGUCGGCUGCUACAUCGGUGUGGGCGUGCUGGCCAUGCUAAUCGUGGCCAUCUUUCUGGAUAACAUCGACCGGGAGCAGACCAGCGAGUUCCGUGGCAACCGGGAACCUUUCUGCCACACCUUCCUGGCCACCUUCCGCCUGCUGAAGGACUGGAGGCUGCUGAUGCUCAUCCCGCUCACCAUGUACAGCGGCUUCGAGCAGAGUUUCCUAUCUGGGGAGUACACCAAGAAUUACGUGACGUGCGCUCUGGGCAUUCACUACGUGGGCUUCGUGAUGAUGUGUUUCGGAGCGUCCAAUUCCCUUUUCUCCUUCCUCUUCGGGAGACUCGCUCGCAAAACUGGGAGGACGGCGCUCUUCCUCCUGGCCGCCGUGGCCAACUUCGCCUGCAUCAUCGCCCUCUUGUUCUGGAGGCCUCACCCUGACCAGUUGUGGGUGUUCUUUGUGUUUCCUGCUCUGUGGGGGAUGGCUGACGCUGUGUGGCAGACUCAGACCAACGCUUUGUACGGCAUCCUAUUUCCCCAAGCGAGCGAGGCAGCCUUCGCCAACUACCGCAUGUGGGAGUCUCUGGGCUUCGUCAUCGCCUUCGCCUACAGUACCUUCCUGUGCCUGGAGUACAAGCUCUACAUCCUGCUGUCCGUCCUGCUGCUCACGAUGGUCACCUACCCCGUGGUGGAGUACCACCACCACAAGAAUCCCACGCCGGAAGUGGAGGACAAGCCCAAAGAAAUGGUGGCGAUGGACGAGAAAAACAUUCACUGCCAGACAAAACUUUAAUAUGAAAUACAGGCGACAAGAUGGAGACUUGGCCUUGUUCCUCCGUGUGAUGUUGUUUUCAUUUGUCAUUAUGCAAUAUCUACACACGUUCUUUUAUUUUUGUAUUCCAGGACAACUUCAACUUCUUUGAUAUUUAAUCCAAACAUCUUUCUGCUCCUUUUGACUUUUGUCAUAGAAAUAGAAACAGCAGCUUGAACAAACUUUUUUAUUUUGACAUCUUAAACUUUUGCAUGAUAAUGAGUACAUCUAUUGUACUUUUAAAAGUAUUUAAAUUAUUUUGUUAAAAUAUUUAAUAUGCACUAUUGUUCUUGUGUUAUUCGUUUGUUGUAUAAUCUCCAGUUGAUAAUGUCACGCCAUCUAUUUAUUUGUGAAUGUAAAUCCAAUCUUUGCUGCCCUCUAGUGGUAUGUGUAGUACAGUACAUCCCCGCCUAAAAAGAAUGCAGAUUUCUUUUCUCCACUUUAAUGAACCCUUCGAUAAUGACCCCAAUUAAAAGAUUU